AUGUGGCAAUCGCUGCUAAACCUGUUAAUUCUACUGCUCUUACUCAGGGUUGCAUCAGUUUUUUGCAAAAAAGCCGAGCCGAAAAAAGGAAUCCGACGAUUUGGACCCUCCAAUCGUCAACAACAACAGCGACACCGAGAUGGAGGAGGUCGAGUAUCCACUGAAGAUCCUUUGGUGAUAUUUCCUUUGGACGACAAGUUGGAGGACACUACAUUUUUUAAUCGGUUUUGGGAUUUUACCUUGGAGGUUGAGCCCCGUUUACUAUUGGAAUUCCGCCCUCUGGCCAAAGUAUGGGCCAUUGCGGUUGAACUUCUAGGGCACCCCUGGACCGAUCCCAAAACGACGACGGUGGUAACGGAAUUUUCUGAGCGUCGCUCAGCCGCCAAGGGCAGAAAACGUGAGCGCAAUCGGGACCCAUCAACUGCAAGGAAACCGGCUCCUAUUGACCCUCGCUCUCCUGCACGCGGGUUUUUUCCGGAGGCCACCCCAAAACCAGUUCGCGACUCUAUUGCCCCUGAUAAGGAGGAUGCAGUGAUGGUGGACACAACAGGUCCAUCGGUAAUCAGCCCCACCAAUAAACCAGUCAACGGCAAGUUUGCUUAUUGGUCUGACAAUGAUGGGUCAGAGUCUGUUGAGUCGGCUCCCGCCUUUUCGGCACCAUCUCAUUCAGAUCACCCUCCUACGGAAGUGGUUGUCGGCAAUUCACCUGCCCCAACCCAGCGGGCCAACGAUCCCUCUGCAACGGUCCUCGUUGACUCCCACUUGUCAAAGACUGAGCCUCCCAACCCUCCUCGACCUUCAGCUCUGUCCAUGAAGCAGCAACUCACUUAUGUUGCCGCCUCACAGAAGAAGGCUGCUAUUUGGACCAAGUACCUCUCUGAAGAAAUGAAAGCCCGCGAAGUGACACAGAUGAAUUUGACUGGGCUUCCUCGCUCAAACGCUCAGUUCCUCUGCGCUACAAUCAACUAUGAAUGGGAUGGCGACACCUCUGAGGGUGGUUCUAUUGAAAAGUGUUUCACUGAAGAAAUGGUCUCGGUUCUGUCUAUGGCUAUGGACAGCGCUGAGAGCAACUUGGUCAUCCUCCCAGUGAGCGAACUCCGUGUACGGGACAAGAAGUUGUGGUUGACCUAUAAGGAGAAAGUGGAGGAGCUCACCUACAAGAAGCUCAAGCCCUACAUUGACUGGUCCUGGAAUCAUGGCGCCCGAUUUGGCUACAACGCUAAGAACCCCGGCCCCAAGACUGGUCGCACCCGCAUUCGCGUUGCCCACAACUCUUCUCUGGACGACAUGUCCCGACUCCUGGGUUGA